AUGCAGGUGCCAGGGAGCGGUUGGCUUUGGCGGCAGAGCUCCAUCCUGCGCCGCUGGAAGAGAAACUGGUUCGUCCUCCACCUGGAUGGCAGUUUGGUUUACUAUCACGACGAGACGCAGCGCGACAUGGACGGCCGCAUCCACAUCAAAUACAGCUGCCGGGAUGUGAGGACCGGCCGCGAGUGCAGAGACGUGCAGCCGCCCGAGGGGAAGAACCGCAACUGCCUGCUGACCAUCGUGCUGCGGGACAGCUCCAAGACGACACUGUGCGCCGAGAGCGAGGAUGACGCCAUCGCUUGGAAGAUGGCCGUGCUGGAGGCUAAAUCCACCCCGGUGCACGUCUACGACCCCUACGACGACGACUACUACCAGACGGUGCCCCUCGAUUCCCACCGACAGUGCCACGAAGACAGUGUCCCCCCACCCCACCCCUCAGCCCCCCCCCCUUUUUGCCUUGCAGCUCCUGGGGUGACCCACGUCAUUGUGCGCGAGGAUCCCUACCGGGUCUCCGGGGACCAGAUGGCCUUGGGGCUGCUGGCAGGGGCUGCCACCGGCGCCGCCCUGGGCUCCUUCAUGUGGAUGCCGUGCUGGUUUUAG